AUGCAGUCCCUCCCGCUUCUCCUGGCGCUGGCGGCCUCCACCGCGCUGGCGCCGGGGCCUCGAAGAGGCUCCGAAGAGGAGGGGCAGGGGCGCAGGUCGGAUGUGACCCCUGUCCAGAAGGUUGUCCAGCUGCUGGAGAACAUGAAGGAGAAGGGCACAAAGGAGAUGCAGGAGGAGCAGGUCCAGUACACAAAGUUCAAGCAGUUCUGCGACAUGACGUUGGCGGAGAAGGAGGCGGCCAUCGGUACCGCCGCCGACAAGAUCGAGACCCUGGAGGCAGACAUCGAGAAGGCCGCCUCGGAGGCGGAGCGUCUGAGCAAGGAGAUGGCUGAGCACGCCGCAGACGUCGAGGCUGCCACAGCAGAGAAGGAGAAGGCCACCGCCGUGCGUGAGAAAGGUAGGGCGGACUUCCAGAUGACCCUGCAGGACUACAGUGAGUCCAUCGACGCCAUUGGCAGGGCUCUGAAGGCCCUAAAGGAGGAGGACAAGAAGACGGCCAAGACGGCACUUCUCCAGCUCUCUGAUGCCAAGCUCCUGCCUGAGGAGGCGAGGAGUGCACUCAUGCAGGGCCCGGCACCCAAGACGUACGAGUUCCAGUCCGGGGGCGUGAUCACCAUGCUCGAGGGCCUGCAGGACAAGUUCGUGGACGAGCGCAUCAGCUUGGAGAAGGAGGAGCAGAAGAAGCGGCAUUCUUAUGAGAUGCUGGUGCAGAGCCUGAAGGCCCAGUUGGCACAGUCCAAGAAGGAGCAGGGGGAGAAGGCCCAGUUCAAGGCCAAGCUGCUACAGAGCAAGGCCUCAUCCGACGGCGACUUGGAUGAGACCAAGGUGGAGAAGCAGUCCGACGAGAAGUACUCCGUGGACCUGAAGGCCACCUGCAGCAAGAAGGCCGCGGCCUUUCAGGAGCGCCAGAAGCUGCGGCAGGAGGAGAUCGAGGCCAUCGAGAAGGCCAAGGGCAUCAUCGCUGGUGGUGCGGUGGCCGGCAGUGCGGAGAAGCACUUGCCCAGCCUCCUGGCCACCCCGAUGGCCGCGUCCGGCCUCUCCACGGCGCUGGCCUUCCUGCGCUCAGAGCGGGAGCCGCGGGCUGAGCGGGCUGAGCGGGUUGCGCGGUUCCUGCAGCAGCGCGCCGCCGCGCUCAAUAGCCGGGUGCUCUCCGCCAUGGCCGGCCGGGCUGCUGCGGAUCCCAUCGCCAAGGUGCGGACCAUGAUCGAGCAGCUGAUCACCAAGAUGCAGGCGCAGGCCAACGAGGAGGCAACCAAGAACGGCUGGUGCAACGCUGAGCUCGCAUCCAACAAGGCCACACGGGAGGAGAAGACCGACGCCGUGGACGAGCUGUCCUCAGACGCGGACGAGCUCUCCACCGCCAUCGGCAAGCUCGACGAGGAGGUGGCAACGCUGGCCAAGCAGGUGGCGGAGCUCGAUGCCGACAUGUCCAAGGCGACGGAGAUGCGAGAGCAGGAGAGCAGCAAGAACGCUGCCACCGUCAAGGAUGCCAAGGAGGCGCAGGCUGCCGUGGCCCAGGCGCUGCUGGUGCUCCGCGACUUCUACAAGAAGGCGGCCGGUGCCACGUCCCUGCUGCAGGCGCAGGAUGCCCAGGCAGCCCAGGCAGGCCAGAGAAGCCUGUCGCAUCUGUCGCGGACAGCCGCGGAGCCGGAGGUCUUCGGCGACGAGCCCUACACCGGCAUGGGCGGCGAGAGCGGCGGCGUGAUCUCCAUGCUGGAGGUCAUCGAGAGCGACUUCGCGCGGCUGCAGGCGGAGACGGAGGCCGCAGAGGAGGCGGGCAAGAAAGAGUACCAAGAGUUCAUGGAGGACUCGAAGGUGGACAAGGCCACCAAGGUCCGGACGUCGGAGCACAAGGUGACCAAGAAGCAGGCCAAGGCCCAGGAGCUCACUGCCGUGCGCGCCGACUUGCAGGGCACGCAGAAGGAGCUGGACGCCGCAAACGCCUACUUCGAGAAGCUGAAGCCCGACUGCCUCGACACCGGCGCCUCCUACGCCGAGCGCCAGGCGCAGCGCAAGCAGGAGGUGCAGGACCUCCAGGAGGCCCUUGAGAUGCUCGAGAAGGAGGUUCCCACUUUCAGCACCACGUCAUUAGCACAAGUUCCGCGCUUGAUCACCCUGGACAGCACUGGCACCCUCAUGCGGGUGCGAAAGCCCAUCGGGGACCUGUAUGUCGACGCGCUCCGUAGGGUAAGACCUGACAUUCAGGUCUCUGCUUCCGAGAUGACGCGGGCCUUCCCUAUCGCCUUCUCUCGCCAGUCGUCGCUGUCCCCGAGCUUCGGAGCUGAUGGCCCCGGCUGCCGGGAGUGGUGGCGGGCUGUCGUGGAAGGCACCAUGGCAGGGGCUGGAAUUACUGUCUCGAAUUUGGACGAAUCCUUUGAUGCGAUCUUCGACGAUUUGUAUGGAAAAGUCUUCUCCGGAAAGGCAGCCUGGGAGCUCUUGCCGAACACCCUCAGAUCGUUGGAAUCGCUUCGCACGUGGUGCUCUGCAAACGACUGCCGCCUCGGGGUGAUGUCGAACAUGGAUAGCAGGCUUUCCCUGAUUCUUCAAAAUCUGGGCAUCCUUCAGAACUUUGACUUCGUGCUGACAUCCUACGACGCGAGAGCCGAAAAGCCGUCACCCAUCAUCUUCCACAAGGCACUGGAAGCUGCUGGUCUGGCACCGACGUCGCAGGCCCUACACUGCGGAGACAGCUUCAAGCGCGAUUUGCUUGGAGCGACUGCCGUGAACUGGAUGGCAGCCUUGGUGGACGAAUCCAUUGACGAGGUGCAGCGGCUCGAACUGACGAAGGCGCCUUCUGCCAUGGCAUGGCGAAUUCCUCACAUCGGCUACAUCGAAGGCUUGCUGCAUGAGUGA